AUGCCGGAGGCGCAUUCCCGCGAGUGGGUCCCCGAAAGGGUCGACAUCUCGCCCUGGAUGGAUGCCUCCAAGGACGAAAUGGGGCAGUGGCAACUUCCAGAGUAUCCCUGCGAGAUACAAGGAUUGUCGCCAGAUGACCCCAGGAAUGUGAGAUGGAGGCCUGGGGAGUUCACCAUGGGCGUGGACAACGUGGACUCCGAGGCGCGGGAGUGGGGCGGUCAGAAGCUCUGGGACGGAGACCUGCCGCCAAGGGAGUGGAAUCCCAAGCGCUUGCCGCCCAACGUGCAAGACCUGCUGCAGGACAAGGUCAAGGUCGCCGGUGGCCUCGCGCUCGGUGCUGCAGGGCUGUAUUUGGCCUCACGCGCCCUGAAAGAUAGCCUGCACUGCGCAGCCCGCCGCGAAGCCGCAUCUUCUUUUGAAUAUCACCUGGCCGUGUACAGCGACGUAGGUGGUUCGUGGCAGCUGGUGAAACUGCACAAAGCCGCAUCCCUGCCAGAUCUGCAGUUGGCAGCCGCACGGAGUUUGGGCCUUCCAGAGGCAGAGGCUGGCAGCUUGCAGUUCUUCCCCAUCCAGCGCUCUCGUUCGAGGACGCUGGGCCCCCAGCUGCAACACACCUCAGCCCUGGAGGGUUUGCUGCUCUCAUUGCCUGCGGAGGAGCUGCAGGUGAUAGAGCUGGUCUGCGCCCAGCAGAAGCCCGCGAAGGUCCCCAGCGAGCCCCCGGCCUUUCCCCUCGCCGGGACGGUCUUGCCGUUGAUGGGCACCACGUAUCAGCUGUUGGGGCCCUAUGAGUUGCCCACCUACAACCUCUCUCACAACCUCUUCCCGGCCAACGGAAAGUUCCCCUACGGCCCCACCGUGCGCUCGCACUCCGGGCGCAUGGUGGAGAUCGCAGACUUCCCGGAAGGCACUGAGUUCCACCCGAGCGCACGGACCACCGUGACCAUGACGGCGGACGCGGAGGUGGUGCGGGAGCUCAUCGAGCGCACGCCGGACUUCCCAAAGCUCUGGAACCGGGGCUUCCAGAAGCCCUUGCAGGACUUCACCGCGAACGGGCUCUUUACCAGCAGCGAGACCUCAGAGGAUUGGAAGACCGGCCAUGCAUUGCUGCCCCGGAACUUCAACCAGAUCAAGGUCAAGAACUUUGCCCCGCAGAUCUUCUCGAAGACCAGAGCCUUCGUCGGCGCCUGGUCCAACUUCGAAGCGGGGCAAGUGGUGGACCACGUCAACGACUGGCUCACGGCCAUGACGGCGGACGCCGUGGUGAGCUGCAGCAUGGGCCUGGACAUGCGAAACGUGGAGCGGCUCGGGGCCAAGCAGCCGGCGCACAAGUUCGUGGACACCUUCAGGUUCGGCCUGGGCUACGUUUCGGGAUCCAUCUCCACCAAGUCGGAGUAUGGCCUGAAGCGCUUCCUGCCCUUCUAUAACGCGCAAGGCAAGCUCCAGCAGCGCUACGAGGACGCAAAGCAGGAGAUGCAGCGCCAGGUGGAGGAGCUGGUGGAGGCCACCCGCCUCGGGGAGAUGGGGAAUCAGAACUCCGUGAUCCGCAGCAUGCUGGACGAUCGCACAGCUGAUGGCAAGCACGUGCGCUACGGGGCGCUGUAUGGCCAUGUGGUGAAUCUCAUGAUUGCGGGCCACGAGACCACAGCCGCGACCUUGGGCUUCACCCUGCAGCUGCUGGCCGAGAACCCUGUCUACGAGGCCCGUGCUUUGGAAGAGGUGAGGCAGGUGCUGAAAGGCCGCACGGAGCCGGAAGUGGACGAUGUGCCCAAGCUUCAGUUUGUCGAGCAAUGCUUCCGAGAGGCGCUGCGGAUCUACAGCCCCGUCACCACGAUUACGCGUGAUGUGGCCUACGACACGCUCUUGCAGGGUCACCGGGUCUAUCAGGGCGAUCGCAUCAAUUUGGUGACUCGGGCGCUGCACACCAACCCGGAAUACUGGGGCGGGGAGUUUGGGCACCCGCUCAGCUACAACCCGGACCGCUUCAGUGCGGAAGCUGUCAAGAACCGCCACCCCAACGCCUUCCAGCCCUGGGGUUUCUCCACGCGCAGCUGCAUCGGCAGCCAGUUCGCGCUCUUCGAGGCCAAGACCUUCCUGGCCUCCAUUCUGCUGCACUUCCGGCUGCAGCCGAUGCCGGGCUACCAGCUGCAGGCAGCGCUGGAGGGGGGCGCCGCACCCAGCGCGAAGGACCUCAAGUUCAUGGUCUUCCCCCGGCCCGGAGGCCCGCUUUGGACAGAGAAGGGCCUUAUGCAGCCCUUGCCCGCCCUGCCGGUGCCAGAGCGCCAAGAGCCGGAGGCUGCCAAAGCACCGAGCCCCAAGGCGGAUGGCCCAACCGACGCCAGCGGCCCGUUGAUGAAGGUACUCUAUGGAUCCAACUCGGGCUCCAGCCAGACUUUUGCCAGCCAGGUGGCUCGCGCCGCCUCGCGCAGCGGUUUCAAGACCAGCCUCGAUCCUUUGGACUCGGUGGUGAACUCGACUCUGCCGACGGAUGGCAUGGUGGUGAUCGUUACCUCCACGUACAAUGGGAUGCCCCCAGACAACGCUGGCAAGUUCAAGGCUUGGCUGCAACAGCAGAAGGAGGGGGCCCUCAAGGGCUUGCACUUCGCCGUCUUUGGCGUGGGCAACUCGCAGUGGCACACCUACCAGCAGUUCCCACGGGAGGUGGACGCCGGGCUGGUGCGGUGUGGAGGCAAAGCAGUGCUGCCUUUGGGGAAAUGUGACGUGGAUACGUCCUCCUUCGCGUCGGACUUCGAGGACUGGCUGGCCAACCUGAUGCAGGCCAUCGGCGCGGCGGUCACUGCUGAGGAAGGCGAAGACAUUAACGGCAGUGAGGAGUUCGUGCUGGAGAAGGGACCUUUGGACAAGCUGACCAUCUGCAGAGAUGCCGGUGCAGCAAUCAGCGCCAUCCACGCCGGCAAGGCGGUUGCGCAGAAAGAGCUGAACCUCCAGGUGCAGAGCAAGAUCGAGAAGCUCGAGGUGGCCGAGGCUCCCCGGGAGCUGUGCCAAGACGCGUCGGUGCGCUCCGUGCGCCAUGUUACCUUCCGCCUGCCAGAGGGUGUAACCUACCGUGCAGGGGAUCACUUGGAGGUGAUGCCCCCGAAUGACCCGGCGCUGAUCGACCUCGUCCUGGACGCCCUGGGCCUGACCAAGGACCAGGUGAUCUGCUGGAACCACGCGAAGCGCGGGGAGAAGUGGCGCAACGACUCGGACGAAAGGAUUUGGUCCAAGAUGCCGAUCAUGUACAUCACGACCUUCCUGGCCUUGCAGUGGUUUCCCAACCUGGCGGCCAGCCCGGAUCGCAAGAUCUGCGCCAAGCUGGCGCGGUUCGUGGAUCCCAACUCCCCGGAGGCUGCAGAGCUGAAAGCGCUGGCGGACCCGGAGACGCACAAGACGAAGGUAGCACAGCUUGGGCUUUCGUUGGCGGAGCUGGUUCACCGCUUCAAGGGCAAGCUCACCUGCACCCUGGGAGAGUUGGUGGCCAUCGCCCAGCCGCUGACACCUCGCCGCUACAGCAUCUCCUCGAGCCCUGACAAAGACAAGCGCUUGGUCACCUGCACCGUCGGCCAGGUGAAGUUCACCACCGGCACGGGGCGACUCCACAACGGCCUGGCCUCCACGCACCUGGGGAACCUGCCGAAGGGCGCCGUGCUGCCCGGACAGCUGCGGCCGGUGGACCAGUUCCGCCUGCCCAAGGAUCCAGAGGCGCCGUUGCUCAUGGUGGGCCCUGGCACGGGGUUGGCGCCGAUGAUGGGCUUCCUGCAGGAGCGGGAGGGGCUGCUGAAGCAGAAGGUGAAGCUGGGUGAGGCCACCUUGUUCUUCGGCUGCCGUGCGCAUGACCAGGACAAUUUGUACGAGAAGGAGCUCGCGGGUCACCUGAAGUCGGGUGCCCUGACCACCUUGCACGUGGCCUUCAGCCGGGAAGCGGAGAAGGUCUACGUGCAGGACAAGAUUUGGGAGAACCGCGCCGCGGUGUGGAAGUCGCUGGCGGACCCCCGCUGCGUGGUCUUCGUGUGCGGCGACGCCCGGGCCAUGGCUCCGGAUGUCAAGCGCGCCCUGAUUCGGGUCGCGGAGAGCGGGGGCCGCAGCGCCUCUUCGGCCCAGAACCUCAUCGCAGCCAUGGUGGAGGCCGGGCGAUACCUGGAAGACGUUUGGGCUUAA